AUGCCUUCUCAUGAGCGUGAUAUAUACGAGCGCAAGGCACAAGUCAUAAAACGUCGAAUGGAGGAACAGGAGACACAACAAAAGGCCCGAUUGCAGGAGCAGGAAAAAUUCAUGCAGGUUCAUCAUCAUGAUUUAGUUUCACACGGUGAUCCUCACAACGUAACCAUUGGCACUGGUAUGUCGACAACGAUCAACCAGGCACCAGUUCAACUUCAGACGCCUGGCACUGCACAGCCUAGCGCUCAGUCCAGUUCUCUGUCCGUGAGCACACCGCAUCAUGCAGCUGCGGCAGCAAUGCAAUUUUAUCAGGCGACGCCCGGGGCUCCGGGCACACCGUCAGUCAUUCAGUUGAUGCACACCACCACCACUCCCUCUACCGCUGCCAACGGCGCUGUGGGCGCUGCAUCCAUGCAACCAAGACCAGGCAUGAUGGAAUCACCGCUGGUCGCCGGAGCUACCGUGCUUACGAACGCAAUGUCUCACGCUCCGGUUCUUGCUACGACGGGAGGGCAGCAGGUUGUAUACCAAUUUGCGGGACAGCAAGCGCCAGGUCUAGCUGCUCCGACAGCAUCACCAAGCCUGAGCUUGAGUUUUAUCUCUUGUCUUGGCAUAGUAAAUUCGACUGUGGUGGAAGGGAACCACACAACCGUGGUGAAUGGAAGCAGCGGAGGAACUGUGGCAGCUGUGUCGCAGCCGGUAACGGCAACUACAAUCCAAGCACAGACUGCAUCCCCUGCUGCUACAGUAGCCGCUCCACCACGUGCGCCAUCCCCUCUCUUCGUCUCGGUGCCUCCGCGAACUUCCAGAGUGCUUCACUCCGAAAUUUAUCAGAGGUACAUUGAUAGAUUGCGUCGUAACACUCCUUGCUUGAGCGAAUGGAAGAAACAGAUCUCAGUUACCAUAGAAUCGCUGCCCCCAAUGACACAACAGCAACAGCAACAGUUGGCUUCCAAUUUUCUGGACACUCCACAGUUGCAUUCACAUCAUGGCACCAUCGUGGACGCCCUCUGGAGUCUGCGAGAUAACUUACUCAAGGAUUCACUCAAUAUACGUACCCGCAUUCUCGGUGUCGAGGAGCUGUAG